GGGAGACGAUGCUCGACCGAAACGUGUUAUCCUGACACUGAAGUACCGAAUUGAACAUGAUAUUGCGACUAAGUGGGGUGAUAUGGAGAAGAUGUGGUACCACACAUUCUACAAAGGGUUGCGAGUGGUAACAGAGAAACAUCCGGGGUUGUUGAGAGCAGUUUCAUUGAACCCGAAGGCAAACCAUAAGAUGACAAGGAUCAUGUUUGAGAGUUUUAAUACACCAGGUACGUGUGCUGCUACUCAAACGGUGUUGUCACUAUGUACACUAUGUACAACUGGUAUAGUGUUGAACUUAGGUGACGGUGUGACCCACACAGUUCCGAUUUAUGAAGAUUAUGCGUUGCCUUAUACUGUUUUGCGAUUGGACUUUGCUGGUAGAGUUCUUGCCGACUUUAGGAUGAAGAUCCUGACUAAGACAGGUUGCAGUUCCUCUGUCUAUUCGUGGAACAUACUCAGGCGCAAACCACCGGACAUCGUUUUACUCUAUAGUAAGUCUAGAGUGGCACCUAUAAAACAGGCAACUGUGCCUAGACUGGAACUAACAGCGGCAGUAUUGAGUGCUAGAAUGGGGGAAGUUUUAAAUAAGAACCUUCCUCAUGUGUUUGACAAGACUCACUUCUCGAUGGAUUCUAUGAUAGCACUGUACUAUAUAAAAAAUACAGAUAGUAGGUAUUCCACCUUCGUGGCUAAUCGUCUGGCCGCUAUUCGUCAUUUAACAUCUGUGGACCAGUGGGGGCACGUAGAAUCCCAUGAAAAUCCUGCUGACUGGACAUCACGAGGCAUACGGAAGGAGCUAGAUUUAAAGAACUGGAUUGAGGGUCCUUCCUUCUUAUGGAAGAAAGAGUCUGUAGGAACACUGACGCUUAUGUGCGAAAACCCCCCGGAAAAUGUUGAAUUUAAAAGAUGCCACACGACCAACGCAGUUGCGCUAAAACAUAGCUCAAGUCCAAUUCUGCUAUAUCACUCAAAUUGGAUAAAGCUGAUUAAAGCGGUAGCAUGGCUCAGAAGAUACGUGAUCUAUGUAACCAUCAUGUACUCCCAUCACGAUGACAGGUCCCUAAGUGUGGGCUAUCUGUCAGUUGAUGAAUUGGAUGCAGCUAAACACAAGGUAUUAGCCUUAGUGCAAAAGGGAGUGUAUGGGGAAGCAGUUAAAGUGUCUCGAUAUAGUGGCGUAAGCGCAACUGUUAUAAAAGAGCUAAAAAAUCUUUCACCUACGCUAAUCGAUGGAUUGCUUUGUGUCGGCGGACGAUUAAAUUACUCGGAUUAUCCACUCUCAAUCAGACAUCCGGCAAUUUCACCCAGUCAUCACUUCGUAACAGAACUUAUUAUUAGACACCAUCAUCACCUAGAAGGUCACACCGGGACAUCACAAGUGUUAGUUACCAUACCACGAAAUUAUUGGAUUGUUAAAGGAACCAGUGCAGUUAAACGAGUGAUAGGUAGAUGUGUGAGGUGUAUACGCGCGAAGGCCACAUUAGGCCAACAGAUGAUGGCACCUCUCCCCAAGUGUCGAGUGCAGCAAGGCUGGUUUUGCUUCUCCUCCGUCGGGAUAGACUAUUUUGGGCCGUUGAUAGUGCGUCGGAGAAGAAGUGAGGAAAAAAGAUAUGGAUGCCUAUUCACGUGUCUCCAAACACGUGCCGUACAUUUGGAAGUAGCUUUCAAUUUGAGUGCUGAUGCUUUUAUAAUGGCUUUAAUACGUUUCAUAGGAAGGAGAGGAACUCCUAAUGAAAUCUAUAGCGACAAUGGAACUAACUUUGUCGGGGCCACUUCCGAAUUACGGGCUAAUAUGAGUGUGUGGAACAAGCAUAGAAUAAACGACUUAACAGUAUCGAAGGGUAUACGCUGGCAUUUCAACCCCCCACUAACUAGCCAUCGGGGCGGAGUUUGGGAGAGGUUAAUACGGUCUGUUCGGGGGAUCUUACUAUUUAUUUCCAACGGGCAAAUAUUACACGAUGAUAGUUUGGCAACUUAUUUUGUGGAGGUAGAACGAAUUUUAAACAACCGCCCAAUCGUUCCUGCGACGUCAGAUGAAAAGGAUGAUUUGGUGCUCACGCCAAACACUUUGUUAUUACUAAGAGACAGUGAUGAUGCGAAUGAGAGGUGUAGUAAGAAGAGAUGUGCGAAAGCUCUGCCUUCUAGAGGGAGCCGAGUAAUUGUGGAUUGUAGCUUAGGUUUAUGGAUGUACAGGCGUACUGUUGUAAGUCCUGUGCCUCCCAUUGAUAUAUAGCAGUUAGUAAGGAGAGCCAUGACAGAAAUGUAUUCUAAGGUGUCUUUGCGUAGCUGGAGGGAUUUUGGGGGCCGGUGUAACGGAGAAAGAACAGUGAAAAUCCCUCUGCAGCUUCUUUGUUGAACAGUAUUUUCAUUUAUUUGUUCCUUCUCUCUUUUGUGUAUUCCAACCUUUGUUUCGACCUCGUUUAACCAUGUCUUUUGUUCUUCAGUCUUCCCCGUUUGAGCCUUUAUUAUGUGACUUUGAUUAAAGACUUAUUUUUGUUACCUAAUUUUCUAUUGCAUGUUGCCGGACCAUUGACAGUAAGGUUGUGUUUGACUAAGCUCAAGGUCACGGCGUGGUUCAUUUUGUGACUGUUAACCCUCUGACUGUCUGCUUGGGAGAAUUGCUGCAAUCCCUGCAGAUAGAUAUUUGAUCCCAUCUUAUUGGGAAUAUUUGUAUUGAUUCUCAGGUAUCAAACCCUUUAGUAUUAACUGUCUCUUUCAUUGUUUAGCGCGCUACUUAGCGUUAGAGAAACUUCUGACUGUAUAGCACAGGCUGUACCGUUUGAGGUAUUUUGUAUUUUUGAUGUAAUUUGUUCUGUUUUCUUAAUUAGAACCGUUUAUAUUGAGCACAGAGUUUGUGUUUUGAUAUAAUAUAAUACGAGUAUCUCAAAGACGCGUUGUGAGCUAUACAGAGGAACUUGGUCUGGUCUAAUCGAAUAAAUUUUGGGUUCGUCAGUCCGUUGUUCCAACCGAAUAUUGGCUGUUCGGUCGUUACAGUUCUCAAACGAACAGUAAUCUCAAGUGACAAACUCUGGAAUGCCUGGAAAGCGCAAUAAGAUCAACGAAAACUUGCCAUUGGGCCACGGAGAAAUGCAAUCGGAUACACCUCCAGAUGUACGGCAAGUCAAAUUAGAUGCAUUUUCAUGUCAUGGCUCUAAUGUUAGUUUAUUAAGUAAACGUAGUAAAGUUAGCUCUAGGAUUACCUUAGCAGAGUUAAAAGAAAGGCAAUUAUUAGAAAUGAGGGACUUGAAAGAUAGACAGAGGAAACAACUACUGUGCUUUCAGAGAGAGUUUGGGUCGUUAAGGCUGAACAAAAGCACGUGUAGCAAAUUAUCUUCUGUUUCUAACUGUGAUGACAGAGAAAAGGAGCACGUUCACAGGUUCGUAAGUCCUUCUCAUGACCUUAGGAUAAAGUCUCUAGAAAAGUCAAAACUGUUAGAUUAUCCAGGAACGAAGGAGAAAGUGACCUUGGAAUCUCUAAGUGUAGGUCAUGAACGUCCAACAGUAGAGCACGAUGCCUACUUCGAUGAAAGUUAUAAUAUUGUUCCUUUACCUAGAGGAGUGGCUGAGGAAGACAUUGCUACCCCUGUUAUUGGCAAUGAGUCUGGUAUGUGUAAAGCUGGCUUCACCAAAAAUGAUGCUCCCAUAGCCGUAUUGCUCUCUAUUGUUGGAAGAACUAGACAUCAAGUGACUGUGGAAAUGGAUGGAAAGGACAGUCAUGUGGGAGACGAUGCUCGACCGAAACGUGUUAUCCUGACACUGAAGUACCGAAUUGAACAUGAUAUUGCGACUAAGUGGGGUGAUAUGGAGAAGAUGUGGUACCACACAUUCUACAAAGGGUUGCGAGUGGUAACAGAGAAACAUCCGGGGUUGUUGAGAGCAGUUUCAUUGAACCCGAAGGCAAACCAUAAGAUGACAAGGAUCAUGUUUGAGAGUUUUAAUACACCAGGUACGUGUGCUGCUACUCAAACGGUGUUGUCACUAUGUACACUAUGUACAACUGGUAUAGUGUUGAACUUAGGUGACGGUGUGACCCACACAGUUCCGAUUUAUGAAGAUUAUGCGUUGCCUUAUACUGUUUUGCGAUUGGACUUUGCUGGUAGAGUUCUUGCCGACUUUAGGAUGAAGAUCCUGACUAAGACAGGUUGCAGUUCCUCUGUCUAUUCGUGGAACAUACUCAGGCGCAAACCACCGGACAUCGUUUUACUCUAUAGUAAGUCUAGAGUGGCACCUAUAAAACAGGCAACUGUGCCUAGACUGGAACUAACAGCGGCAGUAUUGAGUGCUAGAAUGGGGGAAGUUUUAAAUAAGAACCUUCCUCAUGUGUUUGACAAGACUCACUUCUCGAUGGAUUCUAUGAUAGCACUGUACUAUAUAAAAAAUACAGAUAGUAGGUAUUCCACCUUCGUGGCUAAUCGUCUGGCCGCUAUUCGUCAUUUAACAUCUGUGGACCAGUGGGGGCACGUAGAAUCCCAUGAAAAUCCUGCUGACUGGACAUCACGAGGCAUACGGAAGGAGCUAGAUUUAAAGAACUGGAUUGAGGGUCCUUCCUUCUUAUGGAAGAAAGAGUCUGUAGGAACACUGACGCUUAUGUGCGAAAACCCCCCGGAAAAUGUUGAAUUUAAAAGAUGCCACACGACCAACGCAGUUGCGCUAAAACAUAGCUCAAGUCCAAUUCUGCUAUAUCACUCAAAUUGGAUAAAGCUGAUUAAAGCGGUAGCAUGGCUCAGAAGAUACGUGAUCUAUGUAACCAUCAUGUACUCCCAUCACGAUGACAGGUCCCUAAGUGUGGGCUAUCUGUCAGUUGAUGAAUUGGAUGCAGCUAAACACAAGGUAUUAGCCUUAGUGCAAAAGGGAGUGUAUGGGGAAGCAGUUAAAGUGUCUCGAUAUAGUGGCGUAAGCGCAACUGUUAUAAAAGAGCUAAAAAAUCUUUCACCUACGCUAAUCGAUGGAUUGCUUUGUGUCGGCGGACGAUUAAAUUACUCGGAUUAUCCACUCUCAAUCAGACAUCCGGCAAUUUCACCCAGUCAUCACUUCGUAACAGAACUUAUUAUUAGACACCAUCAUCACCUAGAAGGUCACACCGGGACAUCACAAGUGUUAGUUACCAUACCACGAAAUUAUUGGAUUGUUAAAGGAACCAGUGCAGUUAAACGAGUGAUAGGUAGAUGUGUGAGGUGUAUACGCGCGAAGGCCACAUUAGGCCAACAGAUGAUGGCACCUCUCCCCAAGUGUCGAGUGCAGCAAGGCUGGUUUUGCUUCUCCUCCGUCGGGAUAGACUAUUUUGGGCCGUUGAUAGUGCGUCGGAGAAGAAGUGAGGAAAAAAGAUAUGGAUGCCUAUUCACGUGUCUCCAAACACGUGCCGUACAUUUGGAAGUAGCUUUCAAUUUGAGUGCUGAUGCUUUUAUAAUGGCUUUAAUACGUUUCAUAGGAAGGAGAGGAACUCCUAAUGAAAUCUAUAGCGACAAUGGAACUAACUUUGUCGGGGCCACUUCCGAAUUACGGGCUAAUAUGAGUGUGUGGAACAAGCAUAGAAUAAACGACUUAACAGUAUCGAAGGGUAUACGCUGGCAUUUCAACCCCCCACUAACUAGCCAUCGGGGCGGAGUUUGGGAGAGGUUAAUACGGUCUGUUCGGGGGAUCUUACUAUUUAUUUCCAACGGGCAAAUAUUACACGAUGAUAGUUUGGCAACUUAUUUUGUGGAGGUAGAACGAAUUUUAAACAACCGCCCAAUCGUUCCUGCGACGUCAGAUGAAAAGGAUGAUUUGGUGCUCACGCCAAACACUUUGUUAUUACUAAGAGACAGUGAUGGUGCGAAUGAGAGGUGUAGUAAGAAGAGAUGUGCGAAAGCUCUGCCUUCUAGAGGGAGCCGAGUAAUUGUGGAUUGUAGCUUAGGUUUAUGGAUGUACAGGCGUACUGUUGUAAGUCCUGUGCCUCCCAUUGAUAUAUAGCAGUUAGUAAGGAGAGCCAUGACAGAAAUGUAUUCUAAGGUGUCUUUGCGUAGCUGGAGGGAUUUUGGGGGCCGGUGUAACGGAGAAAGAACAGUGAAAAUCCCUCUGCAGCUUCUUUGUUGAACAGUAUUUUCAUUUAUUUGUUCCUUCUCUCUUUUGUGUAUUCCAACCUUUGUUUCGACCUCGUUUAACCAUGUCUUUUGUUCUUCAGUCUUCCCCGUUUGAGCCUUUAUUAUGUGACUUUGAUUAAAGACUUAUUUUUGUUACCUAAUUUUCUAUUGCAUGUUGCCGGACCAUUGACAGUAAGGUUGUGUUUGACUAAGCUCAAGGUCACGGCGUGGUUCAUUUUGUGACUGUUAACCCUCUGACUGUCUGCUUGGGAGAAUUGCUGCAAUCCCUGCAGAUAGAUAUUUGAUCCCAUCUUAUUGGGAAUAUUUGUAUUGAUUCUCAGGUAUCAAACCCUUUAGUAUUAACUGUCUCUUUCAUUGUUUAGCGCGCUACUUAGCGUUAGAGAAACUUCUGACUGUAUAGCACAGGCUGUACCGUUUGAGGUAUUUUGUAUUUUUGAUGUAAUUUGUUCUGUUUUCUUAAUUAGAACCGUUUAUAUUGAGCAC